AUGACGGAUGAGAUUCACGCCUUUGAACAAAAUCAAACUUCAUCGUUACAGUCCUUACCUCCAGGCAAGUUCUCCAUUGGCUGCAAAUGGGUCUACAAAAUCAAACGCAACGCAGAUGGCAGCAUAGAAAGGUAUAAGGUUCGCCUUGUCGCCAAAGGCUAUACUCAACAAGAGGGCUUUGAUUACACUGACACUUUUGCUUCAGUCACAAAGCUUGUCAUGGUUCGUAGUCUUCUCGCCAUCGUUGUUGUGCGUAGUUGGCAUUUACACCAACUCGAUGUCAAUAAUGUAGGAUCUCAGCGCCUGCCAAUCUGUCAAAACCCUGAAGUUGUGAAGAAUGAGGUGAUCACAGUGGUUGAGCGAGCCUUUCUUGAGUUCCAUGCUGCAUCUACUGGUGGCUAUACAUCAGCAUCUGCACCUUCUAGUGCUCGAGUAUCUUCUGUGGCUAGUGCACCUAUUAUUCCCAAUUGGACAGCUCCUUCGGUUGGUUACUAUAAAGUUGCUUGUGAUGCGGCGCUGGAAAAUAAAACUUUAAAAGGUGGUGUAGGUUUCAUUUUUAGAGAUCAUAGGGGCUAUCGGGUGAAGGUGAUCUCAUCUCCUCUUCACUUUGGAUCGACGAUUCAAGGUGAAGCUAUUGCAAUUCGAGGUGCUCUUGUAGAAGUUGUGGCUGCUGGUUUCACUCACCUUCAAGUGGAAUCAGAUUGCAAGGAGGUGAUCAAUUAUAUCCAUGACCAGAACCGAAUUCCACCCUAUGAAAUUUCUAUUGUAAUUUCAGAUAUUAGGAGACUAUCCUCUUCUUUUGGUUCUAUUUCUUUUUAA